AUGAAACAGCAAAUUGGUGAAGCCAUCGGUAAAGGUGCAUUUGGUAAAGUUUACAAGGCAUUGAAUACAGAUACAGGUGACUUUUGUGCCGUCAAACAGAUAGAGAAAUCGAUUAUAUCAGAGAAACAACUCCCAAGUAUAUUGCAAGAGAUCAAACUACUUCAAACAUUACAACAUAACAAUAUUGUCAAGUUUAUAGAAUCACAUGAGACACCAAAGUUCUUGUUCUUUGCAUUGGAGUUCAUUGAAGGUGGAUCACUGGCAAAGAUUGCCAAGCGAUAUGGUAACUUUGCAGAGCCAUUGCUCAGUCGUUACAUAUGCCAGGUGCUGCGUGGAUUGGAAUACUUGCACGACAAGGGCGUCAUUCAUCGUGAUAUCAAGAGCGACAACAUUCUGAUCACAAAGGAGGGCGUCAUCAAGCUAGCCGACUUUGGCUCGUGUACAUAUUCAGCGCUGGAUCGCAAGCUGACCGUGGUCGGCACACCCUUUUGGAUGGCGCCCGAGGUCAUCCAGAUGGACAUGAACGCCAGAAGCACAGCCUGCGACAUCUGGAGUUUGGGCUGCACGAUCCUGGAGCUGCUGACCGGCAACCCACCCUACUGGGAGCUGGGUACCAUGCCAGCCAUGUUUGCCAUGGUCAACAACCCGCACCCACCUCUGCCGCCCAACAUCUCGUCCGAGCUCAAGAACUUUUUGAUGGCCUGUUUCGUCAGGGAUAUCAACAGACGACCGACCGCGACUCAGCUAAUGGAGCACCCGUGGAUAAAGAUGCACCAGGUCGACGACCCCAAGAAGGCGCACAGGGUCAGCAUUCGAGCGGGCGCGUUCGACGACGAGCCACAACAGCAGCACGACGACCACGACGACGAGAACGCAUCCUCUGAUCUCAAGGAGCGCGUCACACAGCUCGAGGCACAAAAGAAGGAGAUGAACUACACAAUACAAAAGUUGAAGGUGCACUUUAUUAGAGCGAUGCGCGAGAAGAAGCUGAUGAAGGAGAUGAUCGCCCAGUUGGUACAGGAGCGCGAUGGCUACAUGGUCAAGCUGGGCAUGACACCCCCGCCCCCACCCAGCAUACUGGCUACGUCCAAUGAAAAGGGCCAGCCCAAUAGUAAGGGCACAAUGGAUGGCGCAGAGAUAUUAGACUCAUUGAGCAGACAUGCGCGGUCUUCUUCCGCGCCCAUCACCCCACCAAUCAAGAUCGCCACAACCACACCGUCGCCACUGACCACAGGCGCAUCAUCAAGCACCAGCAGCGGACAGGGCUCAGGUUCAUUCAAGUCGACCAACAUCCUGUCGUCCGAUUUCUUCCAGCCACUAGACGAUGAUUCAGACAGCGAUGACCCCUCUGAUCAAGGCUACCUUAUCUCCUCAUUCUCUGACCUGCACGCUGCACGUGGAGCAUCAAGCAGCAGCAGCAACAACAACAAGAAAGGCACCAUUCCAAGAUUGACACGCAACGACGGCGAUCAUCCAGAAUUCCAAUCAAACACCGGACUCAAUGGUUAUCUAUCCACGAGCGGAUCUCUACACGUCUUCCAGGCAACGGGCGACUCAUCCUCGGGCAGUCUCAUCUCGAGCUCGCCCUCCUCCUCGCACCACAGUAUGAUUGGCGGCUCACUCAACAUAAAUGGAAUCACCUCGGGCAAGAGCAGCAUCAGUUCGAACGGCGGCGGCAACGACAGCCUGGGCAGAAAGCCAGUGCUGACGCGCGAGCCCUCACACAAGUCACAGCUCAACCAAGUGAUGCAACAGCAACAAAUCAUCAAGGAGCGCCGGAACAGUUUGUCGGGCAAAGAGAGCAUACUGAAUAUGAGCGGCAGCAUCUCGUUGAGCAGCAGCGGAUCGGUGCCCCGCAAGUCGUCGCAGCCGAUGCUGCCCGGCGGCUCACUCUCCAACUCGAGUGAGCGGUCGCUCACCAGCAGCGGCAAUCUGGAGGAUGGCGAGAACGCGCAGACCGUGCCACCCGUCGAGUCGAUCGUCGUCAACGUACAGCCACCACGCAUCGGCGACGAGUGUAAAGUAAAGUGUGGCGAUGGCUGGUACGACGCCGUGGUGGAGCUGGUCAGUGGCUCAACGUUUGUCGUCACCAUCAAGCCAUUCAACAUCAAGCAAGAGGUGUCCCAGUCCGAUGUAACAUUAGCCCCGCUUCAAUUCCCCGUCAGCACAAAGAAGAAGGGCAAGUUUAGUAUAUUUAGUAGUGGCAAAUCGUCUGGCAAGACGUAA